AUGACUAGGGCAGAGUUGGGGGCUGCGGGCUAUCACAAUGGCCGGCUGGUGUCUGUCCCCACGGCCAACGUGGCUCAGACGCUGGAGCGGGCGGACGACAGGCAGAAGCUGGACCUGCUGUGCGCGCUGCUGCAGGAGGAGUUGGAGCAGGCGUCCCGCGGCGGCCCCGAGAUGCCGCUCACCAUCGUGUUUGUCGAGCGCAAGACGCGCUGCGACGAGGUGGCCCAGGCGCUGCAGGCGGAGAGCAUCCCGGCGGUGGCGCUGCACGGGGGCCUGGGGCAGUGGGAGCGUGAGAGCAGCCUGAAGGAGUUUUCAGAGGGCCGCGCGCGCGUGCUGGUGGCUACGGACGUGGCAAGCAGGGGUCUUGAUGUGAAGGGCAUCGGCCACGUCAUCAACAUGGACCUGCCGCGCGCGUUCGAGGACUACGUGCACCGCAUCGGCCGAACGGGUCGCGCCGGCACACGCGGCCGCGCCACGUCAUUUUUCUCGGAUAAGGACGCCUUCUUGGUCAGCCAGAUCAAGACGGCCCUGGCCGAGGCGGAGCGCGGCAACGCGGCCGCGUUCCAGAUGGGCAAGGAGGCGCGCAAGGCCGAGAAGGAGCUGGCCCAGAAGUUCAAGAGCGACCUCAAGCUCGGCAGCCAGCCGGAAAAUGUCUAG